AUGUUCAACAAAGCGUUUCUCAUGACUAUGGACAAUGGUCAAGAGGUUAUAGCCAAGAUUUCCAACCCAAAUGCUGGCAUUCCACACUCCACUACUGCUAGUGAAGUCGCUACGAUGGACUUUGGCAGCUUGUAUUACACGGAAGUCCUGCAACUACCAGCAGGCAACGACUUCGUCAAGGAUGGCAAGGCUGUGAGAGAUUCGGGCUUUGCCAUUGGUCCGGCUACAGGCCGGGACUGGUGUGAUGCAGGCCGCUCAGGUCUAGAUGUCGACAAGGGGCCAUCAUGGUGCCAACAAAUCGUUGAUGCUCUAAUUCCCACCGAUGCAGCCAUCGCCAGACCCUGCCUCUGGCAUAAUGAUUUGCAUGAUGACAACGUCUUCGUAGACCCGCGUAAUCCCGGAGAGAUUACGGGUAUCAUCGACUGGCAGUCUUGUCACCUCUCGCCCCUCUUCAACCACAAUCCCGACCCAGUCUUCCUCGACUGGGAUGGCCUUGAGCCUGAAACGCUGGAUCUGGCACCACGGCUCGACCUCUCCGGGCUUUCACCCGAGGAACGGUCAGCUGCUUUUCAGGAGUAUGCCAUCCAAAACGUAUUCAUCGGAUGGCGGAAGCUCAUGCAUGCCAAAAACCCCGACUUAUACCGGGUAGUUGAAUUCCGGAGGACGGCAGCAUACGGGCUGAUAUUUCUGGCCCACCGAAUGUUCGAAUACGGCGAGGCGCACUUCCAGUCACUUCUGGUGGAUCUGAAAGAUACGUGGACGGACCUACCUGCGGUCACCAGCGAUACCCCAUUCCCGUUCGACUUUUCGGAAGCAGAGAUCGAGCGGAUCAAAAUGGAUAGCGAUGGUGCAGUGGCAGGAACCGAGCUUGUGACAGAAGUCAAGGAGAAGAUGGGCGAUCUGUGGCCGGACAAGGGCUUCAUCGAGCACGAGCGAUACAAUGAUUGCAAAGUUGCCCUCGACGAAGUCAAAGGCUUGAUCUUGGAGCAGUUAGCUGAGACCGACGAGGAGAAGGCUGAGUACGAGCGCUAUUGGCCAUUUGAAUAAUCUCUCUAUCGUUUCGAGGAGAUGGUAUGGUUGUGCGGAAAGCCUUCUUAUUCAUAUUUGGGUGGUUGGGUAUGGGAGAUGUGACUUUGGGAACACAAGACAUUUUUGGAACAGCAAUCUCUUGUCCACAUCUUUCUUUUUCUAUCGAUCUUUCGCUUUCAUUAUGGUUGCACAAAUGGGAGUGUUUCUUUGAUCAGUCCUUAUGUACUGGGAUUUCAGGUAUAUACGAGGAGAGCGGUUAAGGC